UUCCAUUUCAACUUAAUUAAAGAGCUACCACCUUCAACCCUUGUCCUAAAGAUUCUGGCCAAGAUUACUGUGGUAAUGAAUCCUGACCCUCUUGUUAAUGGAGAAUACGCUGAAUUUAAUGUAUCCGGAACAUUGACAAAAAAUAAUAUCAUCACAGAAACAAGUUUUGUUGGAGUUACUUUUCUAAACUUAUCAGGAAACUAUAUAACUGACAUCUUCGGUAGAACAUUCGGCAAAUCAUGUGAUGCUGGAAUCCCAUUUCCGAUGACAACAAAAACUAUUUUCACUCCUGAUUUACCUGAUCCAUAUUUAAUUAGAGUUACUGUUGGAAAUAUUACCGAUGAUUAUCAUGUUUUUCAUGCCUGUGCGCUUGCUACUGUUGGUCCUGCAGUUAAUUCUUUCUAUUAG